UCCUCUCCGUACGUACUAUUACCGGAUCAUCGUUGUGGACCAUGUACCCAACUUCUCGGUGUUGGCUGCCACAUCCUACCAAGAAACCCAAGCAAUUACCAAGCCGAUUCGACCCUUACUCGUCGACGAAUCACAUUCCCGCCUCGAAGCCCGUGGUCCCCUUCAACCGCCCAGGCAUGUCAGAACUGCUUGUCAGGCCAUGCGCUCUUGCGUCGGUGGAUCGUGGUCCUGUCAACGCCAACGCCGCCUAGACACUUCACAAGCAUUUCCUCUCCUUGUAAGUCUGUCAACCGCGGAGGUGACGACUUACCGAUGACAAGGCUUCGCCCAAUUCUAUCCUGACAAACAAGCUGUUUUCGGACUUGAUGGGGCCACUUGAAGAAUUUUUCGACAUGAAAUUUACCGCAACGAAGCAAAAACAGGCUCUUUGCCGGGCUCAGAUGAGCUGUAUUACCCGCACCCCCACGAGGUUCUUUCAGUGGCGCAUUAGUAUGCCUCGCCAAGUGGCUGGCCGCUUGUGCUAACAUCUGGGCGGAAGAGUGUUGCAAUCCAGUACGCCUCCUUAGCAACCACCACGUUCUUGCCACCUUCUCCGCUAGGGCGUUCGCGCCUGGAUAUCUUCAAGCAUCUGGCACAACUGGACCAACAUCCUUUCGUCACUUGUGCCGAUAGUUGCCAUCUCUUGGUGCUGAUUGGUACGUCACCAGCUCACCUGGCUUUUGCUCGGUGUCUAGUAUGGCUAGGUCGACUUUUCGUUCGGUCUCAGCUUUCAUUUUGGCGAGGCCACUUGCAGGAGGAACUGAUGACCGAAAAAACCCUCACGAACGUGUCAUUUGCCACACGUGGUUGAUCCCAUUCAUCUCGAGACGCCAGUAUGGUUCUCUUCCUGGCAUCUGCCCGCUCCUAUCUGGUUCGAGAACCAGGCAUGCCAGGUUGAGUAGCAAACACUCCACGGGGUGAACAGGUAACGGUGCCACUGAGCGCGAUGUGUCUUCUUCGUGAAACCGAUACUCCAAUCCCCCCCCUGGGCGCAACCGAUGGUAAUGGUCUCUUCUGCUCGUGGCCUGUACCAUUUUCCAUAUUGUGUUUUUCUUGGGCCUUCGAGACUUAUUUGCAGAGAGACAAAGCAAUGGUUCAAUUUCUCGAGUGAAGGGGUUAUUGCUGAUGCAAAAUCGCCAGACAGUGGAGUGUUGUCCUAAUCAGGUUCGGAUUGAUCAAGGAUCAAGUCAAGGGACUGCAUAGUGACAAGGAUUGGGACUCAGGAGUGUACCGAAUCCACGGUCCAUCAUACUCAAAAACUGCAGCUUUCGUAUCGACCGGGUUGGAUUCCUUCUCGAGCCUUUCCGAGUCCCAAGCGGUUCGCCUGCUGUUAUCGCAUUCACCUUUCUGAGGAUACACUCUCGGGGGUUCCGAUGAUACGGCUACACUCCUACUUCAGUCAUUGACCAAUAUGGUCGAUCUAGGCCCUUAGCUGGGCAGUACCACCCUUUACAGUCCCUGACAGAGGAAUGGUCAUGAAGAGCCCUAGAUUCAAGAAAUUAAAAGCAGGAUGUAGCUCUUCAUCAAAGAUGUCAUUGGAGAUUCAGUUGCUUCUUAGCAGCAACAUCUCUAGUGGCAAAGGCUGCACUGAGUAUUCAAGUACUUUCAUGGAUUCUGAUCGGUUGCGAAUGAUGCGUUUAUGGUUGCCUUCAUGACUUCAGAAAGGGCGAUCUCUCGAAAGACAUCAGCGGCCACUCCGGCCACCCUUUGUGUUGGAUGUCACUCAACGCACCUGCAGGGCCCUUGCGCUCCCUGGCAUGGCAUGCAGAGCCAGACGCAUUCUCCUUGCCGGCUAUGCCGAGCUAAAAGCACCUGGUCCACUUUGCACUCGCCUCCUGCUGUCUCCUGGAACUUGGUGUGGGCUGCAGGAUGCAGCCGCAGUCGUUUUUACGGCCGAGGGGAUGUUGUUGGACCCAGUUUGUUCCUGCUUUCGCGGAGCAUGGCCUGCGUCCCCCGCGAAAAGACGGGCGCUCUAUUACCCAGAUACUUUCUGGAAGCCUACAUCUCUACAUUUGAACGGC